AUGUCGACUAAAGAGAAAAUGGCUGAAGACUUGAACAGUUCCAAACCGGGUAUUGGCAUCCGGCAUCUACAAACUGUGCUCAUGUUCUUCGGGGUCCUGUUGGCUUACUGCAUGAGGGUCAAUAUGAGCAUGGCCAUUGUUGCUAUGACUGACGGCAGUGAAAAUUCGUUUGACUGGAGCAUGCAAGUCCAGAGUGUGAUCCUCUCAUCAUUCUUCUGGGGUUACGUGGUACUCCAGGUGCCGAGUGGUGAGAUGGCUGCCAGAUUUGGCGGGAAAGUGCUGCUAUGUUUAUGUGUUGGUCUUAAUUCGGCUACAUCUUUAUGCAUACCAAUAGCAGCCUAUUAUGGUGGAUGGCAGAUGGUGUGCGCCUGUCGGGUCAUUCAAGGAUUGUCUCAAGGUUUCAUAUAUCCAUCAUUGCACACCCUUAUUGGAAAGUGGGUGCCUUUGGAGGAGAAAACCACGUUGGGAUCGUUCAUUUAUGCUGGUGGACAUUUAGGUACAGCUCUUGAAUUGUCUGCAGCAGGGUUCAUAGCAGAGUACUGGGGGUGGCCAGCUAUAUUCUAUGUGAUUGGUACUUUAGGAGUUAUUUGGACUACCAUCUACAUAUUCAUUGGGGCAUCCUCUCCUCAAGAAUCGAGGUUAAUCAGCGAUACAGAGCGAAAGUACAUUGAGCACUCGUUGGGACAUGUCGUUGGACAAAAGAAAUUAAGUACUCCCUGGAAGUCCCUGUUCACAUCCAUGUCCUUCAUAUCUUUGAUAAUUGUGCACUGCGGACAGAACUGGGGCUUCUGGACUCUCAUGACGGAAAUACCUUCGUACAUGAAUCAAGUGCUUGGCGUCAACAUGAAAUCAAAUGGUCUGAUGUCAGCUCUACCCUACCUGUCAAUGUUUCUGCUGAGUUUUCCAUUCGGAUUCAUCUCCAACUAUGUGAUCAGCAAGAACUGGCUCAGUGUUACUGCCACCAGGAAAAUAUCAAAUUCUAUAGGUCUGUUCGGGCCGGCCUUAACGUUGAUUGCCCUUUGUUACACGCCUGCCGAUGUAACUGUUACAGUAGUUAUGCUAACGUUGGUUGUCGGCCUCAACGCUGGACAUAUAAUGGGCUUCAUGUUGGUGCAUAUCGACAUGGCUCCUAACUUCGCCGGUACCAUGAUGGGAAUAACUAACGCUGCUGCAAACAUCGUAUCAAUUAUAGCCCCAUUGGCAGCUGGAGUCAUAUUAAAUGAUGAAACAGAUCCAAAAGAAUGGCACAAAGUGUUCUACUUGGCGUCAAUAAUCUACGUUAUCUCAAAUAUAGUAUUUCUUAUAUUUGGUUCGGCGGAGGUACAAACUUGGAAUGAUCCGAAAUCUGAGAACAAAAAUACUACAGAAGAAGCAUUCGGGAAUGUGGAGAAGGUGAUAUAG